AUGGCCUUGCCCGUGGCGAGGCCACUCCACAAAGGCACCCUGAAUAUUUUCAAGAAGAGUGGUGCAGAACCGAGAUACAUGGUUCUCUGGAGGGAUGUGUUGGAGUAUUACUACCGCGAAGAAGACUUCCAAGGUGGAAAGGAAUGUCGUGGCUGCCUCUUAUUUUCGGACGUGGUGGGCAUUGAGAUUAGCGCGGACGGCCACCUGGUCUUCGCUGUGAAGCCCGCUUUGGGGAGGCCGAUGGCCCUGGGCCACCUCCCAGGGGACGGCUGGGACCCGUGGAUCAGCGCCCUGCGCGACGUGGGCGUCCCCGGGGCCGCGGCGCUGCCUGACGCUGGGGAGCGCCGGGCGCGCGCGGCGGAGCCCGGAGCCGCGGAGGAGCCGAAGCUCGAGCCAGGCUCCGCGGAGCAGGGCACGGAGGUGGCCGAGCUGGAGGUGGCCGAGCCGGAGGGCGAGUGCGCAGCGGAUUGCCUCUGUCAGGGGCCGCUGCGAUACGAGAAGAAGGGGGCCAGCGUGCUCAAGCACUUCGUCCUGACGAGCAGCUCGCUCAGCUUCUACGACAGCGAGGAGCACUUCGCCUGGGGCGACGAGCCCCGGGGGCGCAUCGAGCUCGACGACAUCGACAGGUUAGAGGCGACGGACAAGGGUUUCAAGCUGCGUAUCAGCAGCCUCGGCCGCGACAUGUCGAUUGCCUGCGACUGCGAGCGGCAGCUCGCGCGCUGGACAGAGCAGCUGCGGCUGUUGCUGGCGGCCCGCCUGGGCGGUCGCUUCAUGCUGUCGGCGGGACCCGCCGCCGCCGCCCUGGGCGCUGCGGCCGCGGCCGCCGAGGUCCCCCACCGGGGGGUCGCUGCAGCUGCCAAGGGGCCCUCCGGGGCGGGGGGCGCGACCGCCGCGAGGGCCAGGACCCGGAGUGCGUCGGCCUGCCAGCCUGCGACGCCGCGCCCCGACACGAUCUGCAGGGCCCGGAGCAGAUCUGUCACACCGACGCCGGGCGGCACCCCAUCUUCGCCAGCAGUGGGCGUCCGCCGCGGGGGCGGCCAGGCUUCGACGGCAAGAGGCCGCGUGGCUGCUGCACGGGAGGGGCACGGGCGAGUGAGUGCAAGCUCGCAGGCAAACCAGCAGGGUUUGGCCUGGGCUGCGCCGGACUGGGCUGCCUCUGCGCGAGCAGGCCAGCUUUCUGGCGGGCGGGCUGGGCAGCAGCGAUGCCAGGCCCGAGAGUGUUCGGAGGACACCCCACGGUCCGUGGCUUUGCAGGCCCCGAUCUGUCAGGGGCCUUUCAGGCUGGGAACGCAGGGCUCCAUGGGUCAGAGCACGCCGGUCCGAGUCCUUGGCACCAAGCAUGUCGUCUUGCGUGGCGGCCUCAUCGAAUACUUCCCUAGUGAGGAGGCCGCCGAUCUCGGAACAGACCCUGAGGGUCGGAUUCCGUUGUCAGAGGUUGUCGACGUCGAAGUCCUGGACGACGGCUUCGUAUUCAACAGGAACGAUCAGAGUCGCUUACACAUGCGCAUGGUCGAUCAUGGGGGGGGCCCAUACAGCGGCAUGGAGGAGUGGGAGCAUGCACUGGGCAGGCUUGGGGACGAGCCCAACGCCUGCGCAGCGUCAGCUCGAUUUGCCCGGCCCUGCGUUUGCAGUGGGAUCUUGCUCAGAGUGUCAGGGAAGUUCGUCGAGCCCAAGUUCUUCGUCUUCUACGACAGCACGAUCGAUUGCUACGACUCCCUCUCGGGCUUCGAGCAGGGAGGCAGCUGCCAGGAGCGCAUCCGCGUCUCGGACGUGACGGAAGCGCAGGUGCAGGGGCAGUCCUUCCGGCUGGUGCUCGCCAGCGGGCGCGUCCUGGAGCUGCGCCCGCAGGGGGAGGACCAGCGAGACGGGUGGGCCGCCGCCUUCCGCAGGCUGUUCGGCGAGGCCGGGCACGCGGCCGUAGCGGGCGGCCGGGGGAGCCCGCCCCGCGCGCGCGCGGCGGCGCGGCCGCGGCCGCCCGUGCUCGGCAGCGCCGUGGACUCCCCGCCCAGCACGGCCCUGCACUCGUCCUCGAUCGCGGGGUCGGCGAGCAGCUCCAGGCCCAGGAGCCCGUCCACGGAGGGAGCACAUCGACCCGGCGCCCUCUCGCCCACCGCCCGCCAGCUCUCGCCCACCUCCAGGGGGAGGCCCGCGGGCCGCGGCCGAGACGUGCCGGGGCGGGAGUUCCUGCUCAUCUCCUCGCCUCCCGAGCGCCGCGUCUUCAGAUGCGCCAGCGCGAUGAGGCCGCGGCCGGGCCCCAGGGCUCUCCUCAAGAAGGCCGAGCGGCCUGUGACCGGCAAGAUCACGGACACCGCCCGUCGCGGGUUUGUGGGCCGGAGCGCGCUGUGA